AUCAGGUCUGGAGCCGUUCAGGAUUGGGCCAUACACCAACUUCGUUAAUAUUGGCGAACGCUGCAAUGUUGCAGGAUCACGGAAGUUUGCUAAACUCAUCAUGGCAGGCAACUUUGAAGAAGCCCUUAGUGUAGCCAAAGUGCAAGUUGAGAUGGGGGCCCAGAUUCUCGAUAUAAAUAUGGACGAUGGGAUGUUGGAUGGCCCUGCUGCUAUGACCAGAUUUUGUAACUUGAUUUCUUCAGAACCUGAUAUUGCAAAGGUGCCGUUAUGCAUUGACUCCUCAAAUUUCUCAGUGAUUGAAGCGGGUUUGAAAUGCUGCCAAGGGAAAUGCAUUGUGAACAGCAUCAGUCUGAAGGAAGGUGAGAAAGACUUUCUGGAGAAAGCAAGGAAAAUUAAGUUGUAUGGAGCAGCUGUGGUUGUCAUGGCUUUUGAUGAAGUGGGUCAGGCGACAGAAACGGAAACCAAGAUUGCAAUCUGUACCAGAGCUUAUCACCUCCUCGUGGAAAAAGUGUUCUUCAAUCCAAAUGAUAUAAUAUUUGACCCUAAUAUUUUGACCAUAGGUACUGGAAUGGAAGAACAUAACCUAUAUGCCGUGAAUUUUAUCAAUGCUACUAAAACCAUAAAAGAAACGUUGCCAGGAGCCAGGAUAAGUGGAGGCCUUUCCAACCUGUCCUUCUCCUUUCGAGGAAUGGAUGCCAUUCGAGAAGCAAUGCACGGGGUGUUCCUUUACCAUGCAAUCAAGUAUGGCAUGGACAUGGGAAUUGUGAAUGCUGGGAAUCUGCCAGUGUAUGAUGAUAUCCACAAGGAAUUGCUGCAGCUGUGUGAGAAUCUAAUCUGGAACAAAGAUCCUGAUGCAACCGAGAAACUUUUAUAUUAUGCUCAGAAUCAUGCCCAAGGAGGGAAAAAAGUGGUACAGACUGACGAAUGGAGAAACAGCUCCGUAGAGGAAAGGCUGGAAUAUGCUCUCAUAAAGGGCAUUGAGAAGUAUGUCAUUGCAGAUACGGAAGAGGCAAGAUUAAAUCAUGAAAAAUAUCCUAGACCUCUAAAUAUAAUUGAAGGGCCUUUGAUGAAUGGCAUGAAAAUUGUUGGUGAUCUUUUUGGUGCUGGAAAGAUGUUUCUGCCACAGGUGAUAAAGUCUGCUCGAGUUAUGAAGAAAGCAGUUGGCCACCUUGUUCCCUACAUGGAAAAAGAGAGAGAGGAAAGGAGAGCCGAACUAGGCAGCGUAGAGGAAGAGGAUCCUUACCAUGGUACGAUAGUACUAGCCACUGUCAAGGGAGAUGUACAUGAUAUCGGCAAGAACAUUGUGGGAGUUGUUCUGGGCUGUAACAACUUCAGAGUUAUUGAUUUAGGAGUCAUGACUCCAUGUGAUAAGAUAUUGAGAGCUGCUGUUGAAAACAAAGCAGAUAUCAUUGGCCUGUCUGGUCUCAUCACCCCUUCUUUGGAUGAAAUGAUUUUCGUUGCCAAGGAAAUGGAGAGAUUAGCAAUAAAGAUUCCAUUGCUGAUUGGAGGAGCAACUACUUCUAAAACACACACAGCUGUUAAAAUUGCCCCACGAUACAGUGCACCUGUAAUUCAUGUCCUGGAUGCGUCCAAGAGUGUUGUGGUUUGUUCCCAGCUCCUAGAUGAAAGUUUAAAGGAUGACUUCUUUGAAGAAAUACUAGAGGAAUAUGAAGAAAUUAGACAAGAACACUAUGAGUCUCUCAAGGAAAGAAGAUAUUUGUCUCUACAGCAAGCUAGGAGAAAAGGUUUCCAUAAUGACUGGCUAUCAGGCCAUAAACCAGUUAAACCAAAAUUCAUUGGCACGAAAGUCUUUGAAGAUUAUGACCUGAAGAGGCUGGUAGAGUACAUUGACUGGAAGCCUUUCUUUGAUGUCUGGCAACUUAGGGGAAAGUAUCCCAACCGUGGUUUCCCUAAAAUCUUUAAUGAUAAAACCGUAGGUGAAGAAGCAAAGAGAGUUUAUAACGAUGCUCAAAAUCUACUGAAAGCAUUGAUUAAUCAAAAGAAAUUACAAGCCAGGGGCGUGGUUGGGUUCUGGCCAGCUCAAAGUGUUCAAGACGAUAUCCAUUUAUAUGCCACAGAAGAUACAGUAGGAUCUGUGGAACCAAUAGCAAAAUUUUAUGGCUUGAGACAACAGGCUGAAAAGGACUCUGCCUGCACAGAUCCCUAUUACUGCCUCUCUGACUUCAUAGCACCACUGGAUUCUGGCAUUUGUGACUACUUAGGCCUGUUUGCUGUGGCCUGCUUUGGUGUAGAUGAGCUGUGCGUUGAAUUUAGGAAGCAGGAUGAUGAGUACAACAUCAUAAUGGUAAAGGCUCUUGGAGACCGGUUAGCAGAGGCGUUUGCUGAGGAGCUCCACGAAAGGGUUCGAAGGGAGUUCUGGGCUUACUGCAGUACUGAGCAGCUAGAUCUCUCAGACCUGCGAAGAAUUAAAUACGAGGGAAUUCGCCCUGCCCCUGGGUAUCCAAGCCAACCAGACCAUACAGAAAAACUCACCAUGUGGAAACUUGCAAACGUUGAAGAAACAAUAGGAAUUGGUUUAACUGAAUCACUAGCAAUGACACCUGCUUCUGCAGUUUCUGGCCUCUACUUUUCCAGUCCCAAAUCCAAAUAUUUUGCUGUUGGCAAGAUAGGUAAAGAUCAGGUUGAAGAUUAUGCACUGAGAAAAAAUGUACCUGUACCAGAGGUGGAGAAAUGGCUGGGACCCAUUUUGGGAUAUGAUCCUGAAUAACUGUGGUCAACAUGGAAAAAUGUAUUUUCUUUGAACAGAAAUUAGCAAAUUGCACGUUAACAUGAGAAAAAGAAGACUGCUAGUAGAGACAGAAACGCAGAAGCAGUAAUAGUCAAGGACGUCCUUUAGUAUAUCAGUUUCAAAAUCUGGAUUUCCAGCUCUUCAAAAUGCAUAAGAAACCUACCACUGCAUCUCCUCUACGGUGAAUUCUGUACUCUGAAAAUUAUCCAGGGACAAUAUUUGUGUACCCCAAGACGGUUACUGAAUUAUUUGCCACUUGAAAGUUUCAGUUUGAAAACAUAGAUACAGUGUGAGAGAUUAAUAGUAUCAGUAUCUAUAUUGCUUAGAAAAACAGGGUCAAGUCACACUUGUUCUUAUCACUGGAUGUCCUUAGCUGAACACUGUUUCAAGAUAGUGUUGAAAUUUAUGGACUAAAAAUAUCCACUAUAACUGACAACUAAAGAGAAUCAAACCUAUAAGGCCGUUUUAUGUAACGGAGAAGGGGAAAGAAAAGCCAACAGACCCAGAUCAAGGAGGAAACUUGCCAUCAGUUUGCACAGUAGAUGUGGCGAUUUUACCUCAAGUUUUAUGUUUACCGCUACCUCCAAAUACAUGCGUGAGUAUCUGAAGACUACUAUCAAGAAGGAGGCAAACAAAAUAUACACAUCUUCUGGACACCUGGAGGAAAUGGUAUAGCUCUAUAUCUAGCCAGGGCUCUCUCUAGGAAAGGGCCAGAGCACAGCUCUAAGUUACUUUUCAGCUGUAGUUUUUGACCUGUGAGUGGGCUACGUAAGCUCAAACAUCUUAAAGUUCAUCUGAAGGGUGGGUUUCUCAUGGCUGAGUAGGAAAGAAACAAAAAGUAUUCGCUGAGCGGAAGCCAACAUGAAGAGUGCAGUGGUCUUUAUUGUGAGACACAAAAGCAGUAGCCAUCUUUACAAUGAAGCUCAUUCCACAAGCAAAUUAUGAUCAGAUUUCAGCUUCUGUGAAUUUUCUUGUUUAUUGGUAUUGUCUAACCCUCUUUAAUGCAAUUUUGUUUCUCCUAUUGUUUGGUGUCUCUGUAGCCCUGCUAUUCAUCUUUUUUUUGAUACGUAGCAUGGGACCCAGCACGUCAAACAAUGCACUGUAUCAUGCUUUCCUAUUGUAAGAAGUCUUUGUUUCAAGGACUACUUGAGUAUCAAGCUCCACCUGUGCUUUUUAUGAUUUAAACUCUUAGAGCUUGAGUUUGUUGGGGCAAGGAACUUCCUCCUUGCUUGGCUGUUAAGCAUUAUAGAACCCCGACUCCGAUGUUAAACUGUUUUUUCAAAUCUAAUCUUUGAUCAGAUGGAGUUACUACUUACCUAGCUCACAUAAAUGUUUUGCUCUGUGCAGUGGUUUUCCCUAGGAUAUCAUAUUAGCCUUGUUUCCAAAUGCUUUCAUGUUUGGGGCUUAUGUCUGAUCCUCUGAAAUGAAGUUUUCAGUAGCCAGGGGCUGACACAACAGUAAUAGUUUCUCACUCCAAGUGUAUGGCACGCUCACUCCCUUAAUUCAAUGCUUGUAUUUUAAAAACGUCAAACCCAUUCAGAACUGCGUGCACCAUUCUUCCUGUGGAGAGAGGAGGAGAGCUAAGUCUCAAAUGAACUGAGUGACAGAUGUUAGUCAUGAGCUUAUUGCUCGUCUCUGAGGUGCUUGGAUUAUAUAGUGAUGAGGAGAAAUCCUAUGUAGAACAGAAGAGAUUGCUCAGAACUUGCAUGGCAAUGCUGAAGUAUUUGAAUGAACUCUUCCAGAGGACAGUGUUCUCUUAGGAUCAGGCCUGGGUGCAUUAGAUGCUAUAAAACACAAAGUCAAAGAGUUUACUCCUGUGCCUGCUGUUACCAAAUACUAUCACGUGAGAAUACUGAUACGUUGCUUUCAUUGGGCACGAGUGUGUAAGAACAGAUGCGCAAGGUGCAAGUGUGACGUGUUUUCUUUUAAUGGUUUCUCAUAUGUAGUUUCUUAUAAUGACUUUGUUGUUACGAGGCAUUUUUUCCCCUCUGGCAAACUGAGGAAUGAGAAAGCGACAGCUGACAUCAAAAGUAUUUCCUGUUGGUACUCCAGCCUAUGGAUACACUGGAACCUUCAAUAAGUGUCUGUUGUAUUUCACUAGAUUCUCCUCAUAUAGUCUAAGCUUAUUAGACUUACACUAGGCCCUUGGUUAUGUUUUCCAGACACCAACAACAAUCAAUGCAUUUUAUAAUCAGAACAAUUUUUAGUUGCUUUUUAGGGCAAAACAAAUGAAACAUAGUUUCAGUGGUGAUGAGAAAAACUACAUCAUGGCAAGGCAUGAGCUCAGGUUCCUUGUGCCUACUCAUGAAGUGCUAGUAGUGUGAGCAGAAACUGUAAGUUGAACGGCAAAUCAUAACUCUCAGGGCAAACUGCUGAGCAACCCCAUGGACCACAGACCUCUACUUCAUGUGGUUUUCUUAUGCAAGACAGUAUAAUAGAAAGUGUGAUAGUCUCUCUACGCUCUAAGGAAGGAAAAUUGAGGACAUAAUAAAUAGGAAAGAUGCUAGUUUGUUGGCCAAGAUAAGCAGUUUGCUCCAGAUGUAAUAAUAAUGGUAGAAGGUGUUGCUUUCCUAUGAUAUGGAGCAUAUAUCUCACCAGGAUAUCUCAGGAGGCCUUUACUAUAUCAGUUAUGCCCUAACAGUGUAGGCAUGUGCCCUAUCUUGAUCCUAUGGAAUGGAACUCCUUGCUGGAAAUGCAGGUAGUGCAGUACAAGCCUAGGGACUGGUACUUUCCUGGUGUAUGCUGCUGAGUGUUGUGCUGAUGGCUCCUUCCUAUAUGUCUCCUGCUCCCCCCAGCCUUUAAUUCUAGAAUUUCCUUCCUCUAAACUUUUUUUUUUUUUUUUUUUUACAUAAACGAGAGAUAGGAGCAUAGCCAAAGUGAAUUGCUAUGAAUGGUGUUAUCAAGAAACAUCAGUGGUUUGACCAGUGUGUUUUCUGUGUGUGCUCAGGAUCAAACUGAAACAACAGAUUUUAGAUUAGAGAAGAAAUCUCUUUCACCUCCACUCUCCUCCCCUCCCCCUUUCCCCAAGGCCUAACUGAUAAAAGAGACUUGAAUUUUUACUUUUUCCUUUCGUGAAAGUGUGAGGUAUGGCUCACUUCCUUCAGUCUUGUGAGCAUUUUCACUAACACAUUCCCUGUAUUUUUCAAUAGGGUAAUGCAUUGCUGAUGUCCCUUUAGGUCUCUUAGCUCUCCUCCUGUGUCACAAUGCAAAAAGUGUCAAAAAUUUUCGUCUAGUAUUGAAAGUCGUUCGUUCUAGUGUGCUUAAGUAUAUACCAUGGAACAGUGUUCUUGUAGAUGCUCCUGUACUGACUAUUGCCUCUGUGGCAGGGGCUGUGUUCAGUCACACGGCUCUAUUACAGUCCUGUGUAUCUAUAUCCUUCCAACUUACCCUGGACAUGUAAUUAAUGACCUGUAAUGUAAUUUUGCAGUUUGAGCAUGCUAUAGUAGUUGGAACUGUAUGCAAAAACAAAUCCCAACAAUAUAGAGUACCCAGGGUCAGUAUCACCUUCCUUGUCACUUGGUAUUUCUCUGUGAACAGGAUGUUAGUGAAAGCGCCCUUUCUAUCAUUCCUUGCUGCCAGCUACGCUCCCCAGGAGGCACAGCCUUUGCGGAUGUGGUGCUGCUGCCUGUUACAGCUUCCAGGUGACUCAGAGCAGGCCUGUACACUUUAUUUCCCCACAAAGCACCUUGCUUCAUCUAGCAAAUGUGUCCUGCUGCUCCAUCCCUGCAGGGAGCUGUUGCCCUGUCUUUUUGUUCUUUGCCUUGCUUGUCUUUUCCUGGACACGCACUGGGUUUUGUUUCAUUUUAGAAGAAGGGCAGCAAGCACAUAAAGAGGUGUAUUUUCCUGUUAAUGUCACAAAGCACAGUCUCCCUGAGAAAUCUACUUUGGAAGUACUUUACUUGCUAUUGUAGGAAAGGGCUUUUCUGGGAGCAUUUGGUUUGUGUUCAUGCUAUAGUCAAAAAGAUGGGGCUCACUUAUUUAUAUGUUUUAAAUGAAAAUGACUUGUCUACUCUAGCCACAAGCUCAGUGAAGCUACCUGUGCUGGGCAAUGGCAGGUUCAUGUGAAUUAUCCCCUUAUAUUUUGUCAGUUGCAUAUGAAGCAGAAGCUUACUGUCUAUAAAUGUUUGGAUUUCUCUUUCUACAGAAGUUGUAUUUGUGCAACCUUAUCGUAACAGUGUCAUCCAGAAGAAUGAGAUGUAGGAGCAGGCCCUUUGUGUGAAAACAAAAUUCUAAUAUGUAUUUUGCAAAAUCUUCAGCAUUAAUAUUUUGAAUUAUGUAUGCUUAAAGAGAAAAAGCAUUUAGCAUAGUAAGAAUUAAUAGUAAGAAAUUAAUAAAGCAAAAUCGUUGUUGCUUGAUGACCAGUUUAAAAAAUGUCCAAGACACACAGUUACUUUCUAUGUUGUGAAGUAGUAGGGUAGUUGAUGGAUACAAAUUAAUCUGAACAAAAGCAAAGUACAACUGUCAGUAACACUGUGUUAACUGGUAAUCUUUAUACCUCUAGGUCUAAUCUUUACUAUGCCUAGAUUCUGUGGGAUCAAAACCAAGCAAGGAUGAAUCCAAUUGGACUUUAAACUAGUGUCUUUUGUACACCACAGGGCAAAUCUGAUAACCUAAGGAAGCUGAGAAAAAUAGACUUUUUCUACUUCUCUGAAAAAUACAGUAAUUGAUUGUUGUGAGGUUCAAGGAAAUGACAUGCUUAUCUUUGCUUGUGCUGAAAUUUUUCCUCUAGUCCAAUUCCAAUGAUCUAUUUGCUUCCACUUUGUUUGAGUACUUAAGCAGUGCGAGACUGACUUUUUUUUUCUAUUUAAUAAUGAAGGAGCAGAAUACGUAAAAUACUGCAUUGUGUGAAAACUUAUCGAAAUAUAUGACUGACUGUUUGCUCUUUCUAAAAUAAUUAAACAUGGUGAGUAAAUCCACUGUCUUUUCCCCUUUCACUGAUCCUUUGGGCUUACAAAUGUUGAAAGUAAGGGAAGGCACAGAUGAGACAGGAGCUUCAGCACCUGAUCCUAACAGAUAUCCUGUUAGGCUCCUGAUAUAGGCUCAACUGAGGACAGAGGGAAGGGUGCCAUCAGCCUCCUGAGUUAAGCUAAAUCCAUGAUAUAUAAUAAACAUGAACUGGGUCUCACCAUCACCUCCUAUCUCAUGUGUCCAUUUUCUUUCCUACCCUCCUCUUACAGGUCUUUUUCUGACCUCUGUGUGUCUGCUUUUUCCUAAGAGGUGUGACUUAGCUGAUUAAAGACUGUGGCAUGUCUUCUUUCACUGCUGUGAACCCAUGACUAAAAGGGCAGCUAAAAGCAGCCUUUUAAUCAUCGGAGGCAGCUAGAAGUUUGCCAGGUUUUGGAGUGGUUGAUAAGACCACGUGCUGGGUCUGCCGUUUUCCAGGUGCAAGUGAGUUGAAAGUAAAAGUCAGCACCGAAAGAGAAGUAAUUUUUUUUUCUGUUUUCUGUUCUUUUCUCCCCUUCUGUAUCUUGUUUUAAAGAAGUAGUGCUGGAUAUUGUAAACGGUUGCCAGAUCCUGCUGCUUUCAACUAACUUUCUUUUUGCCCCAAAUGGACAGUUAUUACUCUCUUUAACACAGACUAGCAGGGGCUUUUCCUAUGUAGCUAAAGGAAUGGAAAAUG